AUGCGUGAUCUCAACCCUCAAAAGAUGAAAUUCUUCUAUGCCUGCAACGUCGCAUCGGCCAAGGAGGCAACUAAUGUGUGUAGAACCUUUUCGUUUGUUAUUCGCUAAUUGCAUACUUUUCUAUUUUUUCUUUUGCAAUUUGUCUAUCUGGAAGAUAUUAACAGACGCAUUUUAUAAUGAGUCAGUCCACCGAAAACUCUGUUCAAUCAAAAAUUGUUUUAACAUAAGUUCUCAGCAGCCUACUUUCGUCGUAGAUUAACAGUGUUCCUGUGUUAACUUCUUGUCAGGAACCUGAACCCCGAGGUUGUGAUGAGUGACUCUGUCCACCUUGAUAUACCAAAUAAACCCGCAACCCUGAGGUAGAACGCCAGCGCCGAUUGCCGAAAACCCGAAUUCACAGUUGGACCAGAUUUAUUUCCUUAUCUCCAGUCUAGCGUAGAUGCAAAAUUUCGCGAUAGACAUCCUUAAGACGUUUUAACCGAGCAUUUGGCCGUUCCUGAUUUCCAUUAAAUUCAUCCCAUUUUCGGGAAAUUUCCCAAGAAUUAGUUACUAUGACGGAGCAUUGGUUCUCGUUUUCAAAGUUGCCUAUCUUCUCUUUUAGCUCACUGGAAUUGCUAAACUCUUUCCUAAAAGUCGUCUGUCUGCCUACCUUUUUGAACCUUGUGGUUAUUCUGUGAACGGGUUAAUGGAUAAGGUAAAUGACAAACCUCUUCAUUUUUGAUAACGUCGAUCGCCAGUACUGAUUCUAUUAAACCCUGAGUUUUACAAAAGUAAUGACUUUGCAGUUGGAACCAUUUAGUUUUAUUGUUAGUCUAAUCUUAUAGCUAUCAAUAACGUAGCGUGGUUUCAAUCUUUUUAUCCUCUUGCGUUAUAGGAUGAUUACUUUACUGUGCAUGUCACACCGGAACCGGAGUUCUCCUACGCCAGUUUUGAGACCAACAUUGCUUUACCCUGCUACAUUCAGUUAAUGACACGUGUACUGGAAGUGUUUGAUCCACAGACCUUCAUCUGCACCCUUGUAACUGAGAUUGUAAAUUCCCUUGCAAGUAUUUUGCUGAAAUGAGCCUUCUACUUUUCUGAAUGGCUUGUCCGGCAAUCGUACUAAGCCUGCCCGUGCCUGUUCACAAAUUGGUUACUAGUUAGUCUACAAAUGAGCUUCGAAUAUUUCUCAGGCACAAUAUGCUAAUUGACACGCUUACGUAAUGGGUUGAUUUUUCCCAUUAAGAACCACUGACGGUAUUACAAACGUUACACAAUUGCCACCUUUUAAAUUUUGGUCGGACAUGGAAGAAUGGCUCCUUACCCUAAAGGCGGCCUCCCGUUAAAUUCUGCAGGGCACGCAUUUGCGUGUUCUAACCUUAGUUCCAGUCCUAGUUAUGGACCUAACCAUAACACUAGUUCUAACCCCCUGGAAUUUGGGACGGGGCUACCUGCAGUACGGGUGUUCAUGCUCCUCCCCCACGUCGGUCGGCGGACUGAUCAGUCGUUGCCGUUCCUGUGAGUCGCUUUUAGCCUCGGGGGAACGUCGGCGACGCACCUGACCCCUGGCCGCCACAUCCCUUCUCCUACAUGUACGUCCGCUCUCGACUCUGCGUGCUCGCGUGUCCUAUUGGUUUUGUCCGAACUAACCUGGGCCUUAUUCGUAGCGCCUGGUAGGGGAGAUGCUAGUCAAUAGCUCGAGGACCAACUUUCGAGCAAUAAUCUGGCCAUCUUCUAAUUGGCUCCGUUCACCAACCUUUGCUUCCCAAAAGGCGAACUGUGGUAUGUCGCCAUACACCGAAGACAGCUUGUCCUAACGGUUGAUUGCACGUCGGUGUUUGUGCAAUUUUGUCCCAAGGCCUUUGCUCGUUUCACCAACACACCUAGCAUCACAAUUUUGGCAUUGUAUGCUGUAGACCACUGCUGAUUAUUCUGUUGCUGGAGGCGGGUGUUUGGUUUCAUAGUUUUCUGCCUGAUUUUGCGUUCUGAUUUAUGAGCCACGUCAAUCGCAAAGGAUUUUAGGAUCUUUGGCGUCGCCUCUGAACCGUUCUUCGCAUAGGGGAUUGCAAGCCAGAACUUCGGUUUAUCCUCCGCUCGACCGCUCAAAAUGAGGCUUCCUGGGGCAAUUGCGCAUGAAGGACUUCGGAUAGCUGUUGGCUUUAAAAAGGGCGUCUAAAUACUUCAUCUCCUCCUUCAUACCACCGUCGUCGCCACACUGUGUUUGAAUACGUUGGAAGAGGGUUCUGACACAGUUGCGUUUGUGACAAACAGGGCGGUUGCAUCGGAAGUGGAGAAUGCGCGUACUGUUAGUUGCCUUACCUUAGAACGUUGUUUUAAUCUUCCCGUCUGCCAGUUUUGUAACUUGUACGCCAAGGAAGGUUAACUGAUCAUUGACUUCUUCCUCCAUUGUAAGCUGAAUGUCGGGAAAGAUUGAAUUCAACAAUACCUUGGUAGCCUGCUCUUCGCUCCUCUUGACUAUGACGAACGUGUCGCCGAUGACAUCGUCGGUGACGGUAUCUUUCAUUUUUCGUAUUCUCAGAGAGAAUAGUGCUUGCGUCGAUGCCGUUUACAUUUAUUUAUUUGUUCUCUGCACAUUAGUUGGCUUCGAAACCUCUGAUGGUUCUACUUCGUCGUAUUUACUUCGAUGCACAGACAAUUUUGACGCGUUUUAUCACCUUAUAUGCCUACCAGCACGCGAUAUCCCAGAUUCUCAUGAGAAUUGCCGUUAUCAUGAAUUAUUAAACGAGAUAUUGGAUAGGAAGAUCCUAUUAAACAUCUAAGGAUCGUUAAAAUAGACGGAUGGCCAACUUCAGAGAAAUGCAUUUGAUAUAUGUAUGGUCAGGGAAGUUGGCUUUGAAGCCAUGCGGUCAGAUCACUAAUCCCAAUUUCCUCGAUGUUGGCUUUCCCAACUGAUAUCCUUCGUUAUCUACAAUAAUGGGUUUUAGUUAGCCGCUUCUUUCCAACGGCUCUGAUUGAACUGACAAGGGCUAUGGUAUCAGUGCGCACUAAGUGUUCGAGAGCAAUUUUGUGUAUUAUAGCUCAAGUGUAUCCCAACUGCCAGGUGAGUAAACUGAUGUUUCGCCAUGUGUGAAGGUACAGUGUGUUUGCCGACGCCGAACACCCGCAACAGCCCUUAAUGUUUAUUUAUACGCCCUAAUGCAUAACCAGUCGGUAGGGUGGAGAGAUGUGACCGUUUGGUGGCUACCCGACUGUGCUACCAUAUUUCAAUAGGAUUGCAAACUUCGGUUUCAAACCAUUUCAUCAUGCUAUUCGAAUAAUCAGGUUUUUCCUUACAGACUAGCCGGCAAGUUUUUAAACAUGUACGUUCCUUGAAAAACGAGUUCUAGUUUAGAGAGAGUGGGUUUGAAGGUAGGUUUUAUGAAAGAGAAUACAAUAUGCGCUGAAUUUUAAAGUAUUGCCCAGAGUUAUCCCACCUGUUUUUUAGCUGGAAAACGUUUUACGUGAAUUUGCAAAACCGACUGGCAGGUUAUAUAACUCCAAGCAAUUCGGACACGGUAGCAUUCUGCAUUUUCAGUAGGAAUCUAUCCAGCCACCUAUAAAAAUGAAAUUCGGAAACUAAUUACCACCUAGAUAACGUCUGUUUCGUCCGAUUGAUUUCCGAAGUCCGCACAAAGUGAUUCGAAAGUAAUGUGUGCAAAAGUUCAUUUAUUACACCUGAUUUUUUCUAACGCAAACCUGCAUAUUUUUGAUUUAAAAUAUUAACUUUGUGUUUUAACUUUCAUUAGUAUCAGUUUAUUUCGAAACGAUACCUUUUUAGCAGUUUUCGGUGUAUGCAAGAUAUAUGAGGUAAAUUCUUCCCAAAGAACACUCAAACCUCAGUGUUUCAGUAAAGAUGCCUCCUCGUUUUGUAAUGUAUCAAUAUGUCUAAAACACUGUAUGACAUAUCAGUAGUAUUUACUGGCCUGAAGAUUGUAAGGGAGAACUCCAAGAAUGGUUAACAAUUCGAACAUUUUGAGAAAACAGAACAAAUUUACUAAAUCUAUAUGCUCAUCGAAAAUGGACAAAAAAAUGCACAGCCUAAAUAGUGCUUUUUCGGGGUGCUUUAUACAGGUGGUUGAGAUGUCAGACGUGUACUAACAAAGUCGGCCAGUGUUUCAGGGGUUUCGACGCGGGCAGCGUAUAUAGAAUGUGGUUGUCCGUAUUAAAAGUCAUCAGACUAAAAGACAUGCUCGCUUUUCAAUUCAAAACCCAAAGUGAAAGCGCACACGGUACAAAUUCUGCAAGUCAGAAAUUCGAUUUUUUCCAAUGGCAUUUUCUGGUUGUCUGCUUCUUCUAUCCUCUCAAUCUGUUUUACCAAAGCUGUUUCUGGUCAUUAGACCAUGCAGACUAUCUCAAGUUUUCGCCAAGCUUUUAUGGUACAUGACAGUUCGACCGUCGCUGCCGAAUAUGUCUACCGUGUAUCCACGGCAUGGUGAGGCACAGACGGUGACUUGUGCGUAAUUUAGUUUAACCUGAAUGUGGACUUACACAGAAUCUACUUCACUCUCUCAUCCUCCCCCACCUGGAGCCGGUGUCAAGACAGAGUCAAGAAAACCGGAGGAUGGAGGGCGCAGUUGAAUGGCACGAUCGAGUCCGCACCUUGGCCUUUCACUCCACAUCACCUAUCCCACACAGCAAAUGGCCAGAUUUCUUAAUCAACACCAAAAGGGUGGCUGGCACGGCCGGAGUCGCACCUAGAUGUACCGUCAAACCUUACUCGGAUCCUAUGGACACGUUGGAGGUAGGUGGGCCUUAGCGUUGUGAGGCGAGGGCGGUAGUUGAGAUUUUCGUUUCCGGCGUUUGGCUUUGGUGACGGUAAUUCGGUCAGCUUCGAAGAUGGAUGCGCUUGUCUUCAUUGUUUUCCUCCACGUAGGUCGGUCCCGGGCGAGGUCUUCCCAGUUUGGCAGGUUGAUCUGCAGGGGCUUCAGGGAGGUUUUCAGAGUAUCCUUGUAGCGCCGGAUUCGAUCUCCAUGUCAGAGUGAACCCGUCGCGACAUCUCCAUAGAGAAGUGGUUUUGGUAGCCUCUCGUCGUCCAUCCGUACGAGGUGGCCGCUCCAGCGUAUUUGUAGUUGCCUCAGUAUAGCGUGAAUUUUGAGGAUUACCGUCCUCUCAUAUACGUUCAUGUCUAGGAUCUAGUCCUGCCACCCCAGUUCCAGUAUUCGACGAAGAUAACUGAGGUCAAAAUUAUUGAGUCUUCGUGCCUACUUCAUGUAGACCAUCCAGGAUUCUGCUCAUACAGCAGCUUCGGAAGAAUGGCCGCCUUAUAUAUCUCCAGUUUGGUCUUGAGGUGGAGACCGUGGCGAUUAAAAGCUAGACUUUGCGGACGGCCGAAGGCCUGGCUGGCUUUAGAAAUCCAGUGGGCCACUUCAUUGUCGGUUAUUUUGUUGCGGGAGAGGGUGCUACCCAGGUAUGUGAAGUUGUCCACGACCUGCAGUCAGGCGCCGUUCACAUUGAUGUGAGAUGCAUUGUAAGUAGCGUCGGGUAGCGGUUGAUGCAUAACUAUCAUUUUUUCCGUGUUGAUGAUCAGGCCGGAGUUGUCGUGGGCGGUGACGAAUAGGUCCAUGCUCCCUUGCAUGUCCCCUUCUGGGGUGGCGUUGAGGGCGAAGUUAUCGGCUAAGAGAAGUUCAUGGACGGUCGUUGUGGAUACACGCGACUGAAAAUGCAUCCGUCAGUGGUUGAGGAGUUGGCCGUCCGUCCUGUAGGCGAUGCGGAUCCCAGGCUGUUUGUCACGGCAGGCGUCCAUCAGCAUGACAGAGGAGGUUAGGCGUGAGGACGCAGUCCUGUUUCACUCCGCUGGUCACUGCGAAUGCCUCUGUGGCAGGUCAAUUAUCCGUGACUCGCGCCAUCAUGCCAUCGUGGAACUGACAUACUAUCUGGGUAAAUGGCUCGGGACAGCCGAAUUUCUGCAUGAUUUUUUGCAGUCCUUCGUGAUUCACCGUGUCGAAGGCUUCUGUCAGAUUCGUGAAGGUAGAGAAGGGGUGGGACCGCUUCUCCUGCAGUUGAUGGGAGGCGAGGAUCAUGUCGGUGUUUCCAUGAUGACGAUGGAAGCCGCACUGGCUUUGCGGUAGAAGACCUUGUUCCAGAUGGUGGUUCAGGCGGUUGAGAAGAAUGUGAGCGAAGAUCUUGCCGGUGAUGUUCAGCAACGAGAUGCCUCAGUGGUUGUCACAGAUUUGGCGGUUUCCUUUCCGCCUGUAUAGAUGUACGAUUGUUGCGUCCUUUAGAUCCUGAGGGACUUUAUCGCGGAGAAGAAUUUCUUCUAUUCGUUGAGAUCCGUCUACCCUUGGAUCUCCUCGGACUUGCGAGCCGUCGAGGCGUCCUGCAUCUCCCGCGACUGCUUUUGUACAAGGCGGCGACUACGGUAGAAGGCAGCUUUGUUGUCGUCGUUGGAACGGAGGACGUAGGCUACUGUACAGACGGCUCUUGUCGGUAAGAAGGUUGCUGAUGGCGGCGCCGUCAUCGAGUCAGUCCCGAUUUUGGCGUCGUGCGUGACAGAAGACAGCCAGGCCCAUCUGCUGGAUUGUGCCCCUUAGUUGCCUCCAUCGAUUCUCCACGGAGGCAGUCACGUCAGAGGCGGCGGUGGCGACUGGAAGGUUGGCUGGCCGUUGAGCUAGCUUAUUGCUGAAAUGGAAAUGGUGGGCAGACAGAGACGACAAAGCAACAUUCAACUUUCCCGGGAGUCGCUCACCUUGAGGUCUCCUGCAAGGCUGUAGACGAAUCCGUAUCUUGGAGAUGACGAGAUGAUGGUGGGUCCACCCGAUCGCCUUUGUCAACAGCACGUCCCGCCGGUCUCGCCUCCGGACGAGAACAUAGUUUAGCAGGUGCCACUGACGCGACCGGGGUUGCCUCCAGGUGGCCUUUUCUCGCAUCAGGUGGCGGAAAUAGGUGUUGGUCAGGGUGAGACGGUGUUCUGUGCAGGUUCUUAGGCAGAGCAGACCACUGUCGUUGGAGCCUUUGAGACCAUGGGGACACUGCACUCCUAUCCAGACAGCGUGGUCUGUGCCGACGCGGGCGUUAAAGUCAUUAAGGACAAUUAGCUUAUCCGCCUUCGGCACAGACGCCGGGAGGGCGUGCAGGUCCUCGUAGAAUUUGCCCCUAACUUCGCCCAGGUUGGUCACCAGGGAAGUGUAGACACUGACAGUGAUGGCGAAUUCGCCUUUCUAGAGAGGCAGACGAUCGUUGAUGCCCUGCGGCAGACAAGGCAGUCGUCCCACGACGUCGUUCCAGAUGACAAAGACGACACCCGCGUCCCGUCGCUCUGCCUUGGGGCGACCGCUCAAGAAGAAGGUGUAGCCGGCACCCACUUCCUCCAGUUGGUCUUGUUUGGAGAACGAGGUCUCGCUGAGUUUAGCGAUGUCCACUGUGUAGCGCGCCAGUUCUCGAGCCACUAGUGCUGUUCUCCCUUCUGGUCGGUUGUCUCUCGUAUUGUCUAAAAAGGAAUGAACAUUCCAGGUUGCCGGAGUGAGCGGACUCACCCUACCGGUUUUGCGAGUGUGGCGGCGGGGAGGGGGUAGGAAAAAAGAGAGUGUUGUUUCCAUUUUGAUUGUUUCGGUCGUGCAUUUUACAUCUGCGAUCACGGUCAGUCUGCAGACGACGUAGUUCCUCAGCAUUUGUUCAGGGCAUCUUUUCUAGCCCCCUCCUCCCUCGUUGGAGUGAGCAGUGCAGUUUCUAAAUAGAGCUGCUCGGUUUUCCCAGACAAUUGACGAACUCCACUAUUGGCCAUGGCUUUUUUUCGUGGUAGAACGACCCUAGUUAACCUGGGCCUGCCUACGACGUUGUCGUAUGACUCGACGGGGGGGAUGGGGAUUGGGUAGGGAAAUGAGAAACAGGGUUUCCCGUCCUAUAAGCGAACUGGUUGCUAAUAAAUACAAUUGAGUAAUCGGAUUCAAUGGAACUGCAGUUAGCGUACAGCAAAUACAAAGGGAAACAAGCAAAGGGCAGGCAAGCAUUAACAAGCAGAAGCAAUGGCAAACAGAGGAAAUUCAGCUUACAACAAGGACGAACACAAGCAAGUAGAUAGAGUCAAGCAAGCAACACCAAGCAAAGACGGCAGAGCAGUGUUCGCUCAUCUGGGGACUCACCUGCCUUGUAGCUUCCUGCGGUGCUGCAGAUGGGGUCUCGUCUGGGAGAUACUGAGGCGGUGAUCCAUUCGGUUAGCGGAGCCGAGUUACCGUGUGCGGGGAUGCCCACACGGCUACCCUCACCUGGUUAGCUCACUGAUGGAGGCGGUUACAGGGUUGUGUCCGCUAGGCAGAGCCUAGCUUCGGGGAACCGCAGGUGAGAGUUGGGUGCCAGUAUAUGGUUGCUAGGCGUAGUCUACACCUGCAAGCAAGUGAGCGACCUACGACCGUCACGUGGACGCACAACUGGACACCCCUACACCCCAAUAUGGUACAUAAUAUGCAAGGAGAAGCAUGUUGUUUGCAUACUCUGACUCGAAACCUCGAAGUUCAUUAGUCAACCUGUUUAAAGUUCUUAUUCUCCCAAUAUAGCUGGUCUUCUUCAUUUUCACUGGCCACGGUCUUGUUUUGUUUUCAGCUCUGUUAAAUGAUUUUUGAUUGAGUUAAUGCCCUGUUUAAGGGCUAUAGAUUUUUCGAUCAAAUGCAAAGCAGAUAGCACGAUAGUAACGUUGGACGGUUCCACUGCGCACUUGUAGAAUCUGGAACACUUCCUUGACAACCAACAUCUAUUUUCUUCUUUCGGGCUAUUAGUGUUCUCAAACUUACGUGGCUCAUACCUCGCUGGAACUAACCGAUACGCUUCCUCAUUAUGUGCGGAACGAAUUACACACGGCGUUAACCGCAUGUGGCCGGAAGCUGACGUUUGUCGAGUUCUCACGUGAAGAUAUGUCCGAAUGA